UCAAGUCAACUUUAUUUCAACUGACAAUCGUCAGUCAGUGUCACCUGCGGGACUGCUGUCGCUCCCUCUGGAUUAUAAUCCCACUCGGAUUAAAAUUGUUCAUUAAAGUUGUUAAAGUGUAAUGACGCGCCCGUCUCGCGUCAUGACGUACUCCGGGUAAAGUGGAUGGAUCGGUAGCUCAGCAUGGCGCAGUGAUGUGCACAAGUGAAGCGAACUGAGGAGGACUGUCACUCAAAGGGAACUCUUCACCUGACCGACCGAAACAGACGCCACCAUGGCCGGAGACGACCACUACCUACACACUCCCAACCAGAUGUUUGAUAACAUCAUGAUAGACCCGUCAUGGGAGUUUCCACAUUUUGCGAUGCCUCAGACGUCUCUGCGGACAGGUGAGAGUCCUGCAGUGGACGGACCGUUCCUGCAGAUCGUGGAGCAGCCCAAACAGCGCGGCUUCAGGUUCAGGUACGGCUGCGAGGGGCCGUCUCACGGCGGUCUGCCAGGGGCCACCAGCGAGAAGAACAGGAAGACCUACCCCACCGUCAAGAUCUGUAACUACCAGGGUCAGGCCCGGGUGGUGGUCCAGCUGGUGACGGCGCUGACCCCCGUCCCUCACCUGCACGCUCACAGUCUGGUGGGAAAACAGUGCGAUAAAGGAAUCUGCAUUGCUGACCUGCAGUCCAAAGACUCCACCAUCAGCUUCCCGAACCUGGGGAUCCUCCACGUGACGAAGAAGAACGUGGCAAAGACUCUGGAGGAGCGGAUGAUCGAGGCCUUCAAGCUGGGAUACAACUGCGGGGUCUCCAUCCACCCCGACAUCGACAGUGUUCAGGGGGAGGUCAGAGUCCCUCGAGAAAUCACAGAGCACCACCUCAGUGUGAUCAGAAAUGCUGCCUCUUCUCAGGCCAAAGAGAUGGACCUCAGCGUGGUUCGGCUCAUGUUCACGGCGUUCCUCCCCGACAGCGACGGCGGCUUCUCCAGGCGGCUCGAGCCCGUGGUGUCCGAGCCGAUCUACGACAGCAAGGCUCCGAACGCCUCCAACCUGAAGAUCGUGAGGAUGGAUCGGACCGCCGGCUGCGUGACCGGAGGAGAGGAGGUCUACCUGCUCUGCGACAAAGUCCAGAAAGAUGACAUCCAGGUUCGGUUCUAUGAGGAGGAUGACUCGGGUCUCACCUGGGAGGCUCUGGGAGACUUCUCCCCCACAGACGUCCACAGACAGUUCGCCAUUGUAUUUAAGACGCCGAAGUAUCGAGACCAGAACCUGCAGAAACCGACGUCUGUGUUCGUCCAGCUGAAGAGGAAGUCCGACAACGAGACCAGCGAGCCUAAACCCUUCACCUACCACCCCCAGAUCUUAGACAAAGAGGAGGUGCAGAGGAAGAGGCAGAAGACUUUACCCAACUUCCAGGACUUCAGUGGUCAUGGAGGAGGAGGUCUAUACAGAGGAGGAGGAGGUCCGGCUGCUGGAGGAGGACCUGGAUCCACAGGAUACCCAGGAUACCAGGGCUUCACUACCUACAACUAUGGAGGAGGAGGUGGAGGAGGAGGAGGUUUCUCCACAGGGUACUCAGCGGGUCUGGGAGGAGGUGGAGGAGGGAUAAAACACGCCUCUCAGAGCGGCGCCGCAGACAACGACGGUGACGACAACGACCCGGACGACGACUCGCCAUCAGGAGCCGUGCUGCGAGCUCUAGCCCGGCCCGAACCCGUGGAGGUCAGCGAGAGGAGCGAGGAGGGAGGGGUCAGUGUGGAGCCUGAAGCAGAGAGAGAGUUCGACGCCAAGGAGCAGCUGGAUCAGGUGAUCAGCAGACUGCUGGAGGCCAUCUUUCAGUACUCGGUUACGGCUGACUCGGCGUACCUGCUGGCUCCACAGCGCUCCCUGAUGGCCGCGCAGGAUGUAAACGGAGACACCGGGCUCCAUUUGGCUGUUCUCCACAACCAGCAGGAGGCGCUGAAGAGUCUGACGCAGGUGGUGUCUGCCCUGCCCGGAGAGGAGGUGCUCAACAUGAGGAACCGCCUGUACCAGACUCCUUUGCACCUGGCCGUUAUCACGCAGCAGAAGGAGGCAGUGGAAGCGCUGCUGCUGGCUGGCGCCGACCCGACGCUGACGGAUCGUCACGGCAACACAGUGCUGCACCUGGCAGCUCAGCAUGAGGGAGAAGGAAUGAUCCAGUUUUUACUGCAACACAGAGAGCUGAGAGAGCUGCUGGACCAAACCAACACAGCAGGUCUGUGUGCGAUCCACCUGGCGGUUCUGGCCAACCAGCUGUUUUCUCUCAGGGAGCUGCUGGAGGGCGGGGCCAACGCAGAGGUCCAGGAACGCAGCUGUGGCCGAACGGCCCUCCAUCUCGCCACAGAGACUGACAACGUAUCGCUGGCGGGCUGCCUGCUGCUGGAGGGAAACGCCAAGGUGGACUGCUGCACUUUUAAUGGCUCCACCCCCCUCCACAUCGCUGCGGGUCGAGGCUCUGUCAAGCUCACGGCUCUCCUCAUGGCUGCAGGUGCAGACCCACAGAAGGAGAACUUUGAGCCACUGUUCUUCAGGGAGGAGGAUGAGGAGGAGAGCUGUGAAAAGGAGAGCGAGGAGGAGGAAGAUGAAGGUUACAUCCCAGGGACAACUCCCUUCAACAUGGCUGCCACCCCUCAGGUUUGGGAUCUUCUGAACGGCAAAGAAUACAAACCAAAAACACCUCAAACGGCCUUCGUCCCUCCUCAAGGCGACCUGGCGAGCCUGGACACAGAGGUGAAGCAGGCGCUGUGUGGCACUCUGGAGAGUGAAGGAUGCUGGGAGAAUCUGGCUCACAGUCUGGGUCUCGGGAUCCUUAACACGGCCUUCAGGCUGAGCCCCUCCCCCGCUAAAACCCUGCUGGACAGCUACGAGGUUUCCGGUGGAACGAUCAGGGAGCUGCUGGCUGCUCUGAGGUCAGUCGGCGAGUGCAGAGCACUGAGCGUCCUGGAGGAGGCGCUGCACGAGAGCGAGGAAGCGCCGGCCACCAGCGCAAUGAGUGGCGAGCUUCUGUGCGCUCGGGUUCAGGAACUGAAAGUGGACACUCGAAUCGACAGCGGGGUCUGCGACAGUGGGGUGGAGCUUUCCACGGCGUAAUGAUCUGAUCGGUCCACCUCCAGCUGAGUCCAUCCAUCCACCCGUCGUCCCUCGACUCGCUCUGGACCGAGUGCGACGCUCGUCC